AUCUUAUAAAUUUGUUAAACUGUGUGCGUUUUAGAAAUAAGGAUUGUCUGUCCUGCAAAAACUUGUCAGCAAAUGUCAGGAAACUCCUCGCAAUGCUCUUCAGCCAGACGACAGGAAAUAAUUAAAAUAACAGAACAAUUGAUCGAAGCGAUCAACAGCGGUGACUUCGAUGGAUAUACUAAGAUAUGUGAUCCGCAUUUAACUGCUUUCGAACCAGAAGCAUUGGGCAAUUUGGUUGAAGGAAUCGACUUUCAUAAAUUCUAUUUUGAGAAUGUUCUUGGUAAAAAUUGCAAAGCCAUUAAUACAACAAUUCUAAAUCCGCACGUACAUCUAUUGGGUGAAGAAGCCGCUUGCAUCGCCUAUGUAAGACUUACACAAUAUAUCGAUAAACAAGGACAUGCACACACUCAUCAGUCGGAGGAGACUCGUGUCUGGCACAGGCGCGACAACAAGUGGCAGAAUGUUCAUUUUCAUCGCAGCGCAUCUGGCAAGAUAAGUGGGGCAACGACUUUCGAUUUUAUACCACAAAAGUAGAUAGAGACAGAAGGCGAGCGGAAGAAUGUCAAUGAUGGGUCAAUCAACUAUGAUCGAAGUGUGUGUACUAAACUUACUAAUCAAUAAACAGCAAAGAGAUCUGAACCAAAAAUACAAAGGGAUUAU